AUGCCCAAGGCCAAAAUGAAUGCCCACUCUGUGAAGGAGGACGAAAGCGCUUCCGGGCUGAGCUCGUACUAUAACAACAAAACGACCAUCAUUCAGGCAGCCCGCGUCUUCAACGAGUCUCCAAUCAGCCCCCGCAAAUGUCGAGCGCUGCUUACGCACAUCGUGUGCCUCCUAUAUGCGGGCGAGAAUUUCAACACACAAGAGGCUACUACUCUCUUCUUCGGCGCUACCAAGCUAUUGCAGCACAAAGAUGCCGCCCUGCGACAGGCGGUAUACCUGGCCAUCAAGGAACUCGCAACGACGGCGGAAUCUGUCAUAAUGCUAACGAGCAGCAUCCAAAAAGACAUUCAGCCCAACGCGGAGGUCAUCUAUCGGCCAAGUGCCAUUCGGGCCCUUUGCGAUAUCAUCGACGUGCGUUGA